AUGUCUCACCGUGAUCGCUUCUUCCCAACUCGUGAUGAGCCUGAGGAUGACGAUGAAGUAGAUGCUGGUAGUGAAGCUAUGGAGGAUGAUAGAAUUAGUGAUGGUGUCGAUGACGCUAUUGAGGAGGAGGAUGAGGGAGAGGGCGAGGAUUUGAUGGAUAACAUGGAGGAGGAUUAUCGUCCUAUGCCUGAAUUGGAUCGAUAUGAUCCCAGGAUGCUGGAUGAGCAGGAGUAUGGUGAUGAUGCUGGUGCUAGGAGGCGUGCUGAGAGGGAAUUACGAGAGAGGGAUAGGGGACAAAGACGUAGAAUGCCAGGAGCGGUGUUUGGUGGGGAUAGUUCGGAUAGUGAGGAUGAUGAUGAUCGUAUGGGGGCCUAUGAGAGGAAGAGGCGUAGAUUGGAGAGGUUGAGGAGAGCUGCACAGGCAGAGGAUGACGAUGCUGCUAUGGAUGAGGAGAUCGAUGCCGAUCUUAUCGAUCUUAAUAAUGAGGAGGUUGGACCUGACACUGACCUCUCUCCGGAUUCACGUUUGGGCAAGAAGAUUAUUGCCAACUUCAGCAAGUUCUUACAGACAUUCAUCGACCCAACAGAGGAUGCCUAUGAACCCUAUUAUUCUGAGAAGAUUCAUCAUAUGUGUGCCGAGGGGAAGACAUCCUUCACAGUAUCCUUCCAUCCUCACCUGGCUGAUUGGUCGCCUUUCAUGGCACAGUGGCUGUGUGAUCGUCCCCAUCAUAUCCUCAAGCUGCUGCUUGUAUCGGCUACUGAGUUCACUAAGAAGAAAUAUAAGGAGCUGUUCGCCAAUGACCGUCAUCGAGAGAUCAACGUACGCAUAGUCAGCUUCCCAGUUGUCGAUCUAAUAAGGAAUCUUCGGGCAUUCCAUAUCAAUAAGCUAGUCAAUGUUGUUGGUGUUGUGACCCGUCGUUCUGUGCUACUACCUAAACUACGUGUACUCUACCUCACCUGUAUGAACUGUCAGUUCCUCUGCGGACCUUUUGACCUUUCUGCCAGCGAAGAGAGUGGAACUAGCUUCAAGCCGGGCCAUUGCCCAGAGUGUCAGAAUACUGGACCGUAUGCUGUCAAUCGUGAGGAGACUGUGUACAAGAACCAUCAGGUUAUCACACUACAGGAGGCACCUGGAUCGGUACUACCUGGUCGUAUGCCAAGGAGUGUUGAAGUUAUCCUCAGUGAUGAUUUGGUCGAUAGUGUUAGGCCUGGUGAUCAGUGCUCUAUUGUUGGAACCUAUCAUGCUAGGUAUGACAGUGCAGGUAACGUGAGAGCAGGGUUCCCAGUAUUCAAGUGUGCUAUUGAUGCUAAUUCCAUAGUAAGGCAGAAUGAGAUGAAGAUAGAGAGUGUCAGAGAUGAGGAUAAGAGAGAUGAAGACAGCUUUGGCUAUGGCCCUCUUUGGUGGAAGGAGAAAGUAGCACAGGACUACAACGAUAAUCUUGCCUCGCAGCUAGAGGAGGCCGAGGGAUUGUACAAGGAUCUCUUUGAGAAGGUACAACAGAUGAAGGAAAAGAUUGGGGUCACCGAUGGCACCGAAUCAUCUAAUUGA